AGACCUCGGCAAGUGGCGACUAGCAGUCGUGCCCCGGGGAGAAGAUGGCGUCGUCGGGCACCGUUUCCCGGAGGAACCAGAUCGAGCGGAAGGCUCCCCGCGGCUUUCUGAAGCGCCUCCUCAAGCAACGGAAGCCUCAGCUGCGCCUGGAGACCACCACCGACUUAUUGAUACAUCUGAACUGCUUAUUGUUUGUUCAUCGACUAGCACAAGAGUCCAGGAUGAAUGCUUGUGAGAAUAAGUGUAAAAUCAUUAAAAAGGAACAUGUACUGGCUGCAGCAAAGGUAAUACUAAAGAAGAGCAGAGGUUAGAAAUCAGUGGACUCAUUUUUGAAAAACAUGCAAUGUAUAUUAAGUGGUA